AUGGCGUACAGCGCGUGUUUCCUACACCAGAGUGCACUGGCAUCCUCCGCCGCGCGAUCAUCAUCUUCCUCCUCAUCCCAACGCUACGUGUCACUCUCCAAACCCGUCCAGAUAGUGUGUAAAGCCCAACAAUCUCAUGAAGACGAUAACUCCGCCGUCUCUCGCCGUCUCGCUCUCACACUCCUCGUCGGCGCCGCCGCCGUUGCAAAAUGGAACCCAAGCAGAGAAAUAGAGUACCCAGGACAAGUCCUUAGGUACGAAGACAACUUCGACGCCACUAGCAAUCUCAAUGUCAUGGUCACUCCUACCGACAAGAAGUCCAUCACUGAUUACGGUUCUCCCGAAGAGUUCCUCUCUCAGGUCAACUAUCUUCUAGGGAAACAAGCUUACUUUGGUGAGACUGCCUCUGAGGGAGGCUUUGACGCCAAUGCAGUGGCAACAGCAAACAUUCUUGAGACAAAUGUUCAGGACGUUGGUGGGAAACCGUACUAUUACUUGUCUGUGUUGACAAGAACGGCCGAUGGAGACGAAGGUGGGAAGCAUCAGCUGAUCACAGCCACUGUCAAUGGAGGGAAGCUUUACAUCUGCAAAGCACAAGCUGGAGACAAGAGGUGGUUCAAGGGAGCCAAUAAAUUUGUCGAGAAAGCAGCCACUUCUUUCAGUGUUGCUUGA